UCAGAGAUCUUGUAGCGGUGCUGCUUCGUCCUUUUCAUAAACUGGCAUGAGGAUGUUAUCCAAAUCACUGACAGACUCUUGUUAGUUUCCAAGUUUUUGUUUUUUUUGGGGGGGUUGUUCUUGUUGUUUUCUAAAAGACGCUUUUUUUGUAUCUGUCGGUUAUUUAUUGGGGUAAAGUUUUCUUUAUAUUUUGGUAAAACGAUGACUGGAGUUUUUGACAGUUUAGCUGCAGAUAUGCAUUCGAACCAGAUUACCUCGAACAGCUACCAGAGCAUGCACAAACCCCAGGAAUCUCCGACUUUACCUGUGUCCACAGCUACAGACAGCAGUUACUACAAUAACCAACAGCCUGGACAUUGUGGAGGAUCGCCGUAUGGACAGCUCAGCGCGUACCAGUACCAUGCCAGUGGCUUGAGCAGCGUUCCUUACAACACCAAACCGUACGAGCUUGGGUUUAGUAGUUCUUAUAAUUCAUACGGUCCAUAUGGGUCAACUUCGUCGCCAACACAUACUGAUGCAGAGAAAGAAGACUGUGAACCCGAAGUUCGGAUGGUGAACGGCAAGCCAAAGAAAGUUAGAAAGCCGAGAACGAUUUAUUCGAGUUUCCAACUGGCUGCGCUUCAAAGACGAUUUCAAAAGACCCAAUAUUUGGCGCUACCUGAAAGAGCCGAGCUGGCGGCUUCCUUAGGCGUUACACAAACUCAGGUGAAAAUCUGGUUUCAAAACCGACGUUCAAAAUUCAAGAAGCUGUGGAAGAGUGGCGAGAUUCCCCCUGAUCAACAUGCGGGACCCGGCGAGUCUCCGCCUUGCAGAUCGCCUCUGGCCUCGGUCGCCUGGGACUUCCCACACAGAAUGAACACAGCAAACACCCUGCCUCAGAGCAACAGCCCUCCCAACACAACUGCGCCUUCUUUCUUAGGAAACUAUUCCUGGUACCCGUCCUCGAACUCGGUACCGCAUCUACAGCCCAAUCCACUGCUGCACCACCACAACUCAGCAGUGAGCGCUGGGGCAAUAUUUUAAGACUGUGGUGUUAUUGACAUUCACUAAUGACUGAAAGAAAUGCUGAGGCUCCCCUUGAAAACAAGCACAUCAUUGGACUGGUAUAUAUAUAAAGAUACAUUAACGCAGUAUACAUGCUGAACUAUAUUAAACACAGAUAAUUGUGCAUCUACAGCAAAAAAAACUUUUUUUAAUCCUGUUGUAUUCUGCCAAAAACUUUAUUUUCAUGUUAUGUGUUAUGUCUUCUGGUAGACAUACCAGAAUAGUUUUCGUGUACAUUGUAAAAUAGUAUUUAUGGCAGUAUUCUUAAGGACCACUACAAUCCAAAGCAACCAUCAUUGUCAAUACUCCCCCCCCCCCCCCCCCCCCCCCCCCCAAAAUAGCAUUUCACAGAAAGCGGAAAUUGGAAUCACAAGCAAAAAUCUAUAUCGAUUUACAAUUUCUUUUUAAGUUAUUCAUUUUAAUGCAGCAAUUGAAAUUUUGAAAUCAGCGAUGUAGCAUAUUUUUCAAACCUUUGUACGAAUAGGUGCCUUCGAAAAUGACCUCACUUUUGAUGUUGGAAUAUAAAUGUAUAAAUGGAAUUUUAUAUGUUGACAAACUGUUUGUUAAAAUAAUUAUUUUCUUGAUAUAUAUGUUAUAUGAGGUAACAAUAUUAUCAUGUAUGCCGGUUAAAACUUUUGUUUGUACAGUAAAGUAAGUUUUUCAGAUUUUGGCUGUAUAAAAUGACGCAACUAUGAAUUUGCAGAGAAAGCCCGUGCCUUUAUAUUUUAUAAAGUUGCACCCUUAAUGUAACUGAUUCCCCCUUGACAUGUUUGGGCGAGAGAGUAAAGUUAAGCUACUGAUUUUUCUCAAAAACAUGUAUACCAAGUUUGAAAACGAAAUGUAUUUUAAUUAUUUAUUUUCGAAACUACAUCUUUGCAGUGUUGCCUUUAUGAUAUGAAGAGAUAAUUUAAAAUAAAAAUAUUGUUUUCAGUGUCA